AUUUAAUUUAAAUAAUUAUAAUAAUAGUAUAGUUUAAUUAUUUAUUUUUUAUAAAUAAAAAUAGUUUUCAGUAUACACCAUAUUCUUAUUUAUUAAUAUUAUUUAUUUAUUUAUUUAUUUAUUUAUUUAUUUAUUUAUUUAUUAAUUUAUAUUUAUGUUAUUUAUGUUAUUUAUGUUAUUUAUUUAUUAAUUUAAUUUUUAUUUAGUUUUAUUUAUUCCACUUUUUUAUUUUAUUUUUUCACUAUCAUCAUUCACUAUCUACCAUUUUUAAUUUAUUUGUGCUCUAACGGAGUAUAAGAUUUUUUUUAAACCUGUACUAUUAUAUCUCAAAAUCUGUUUUUUAAAUAAUAAUAAUAAAUUAUUAAAUUGUAACAUAUAAAAAGAUAGACAACAUAAAUACAUAUUAUUUAUUUUAAACAUAAAUUUCACAAAACAAUAUAUUUUAUAUAUAAUAAAUAAUAAACAAUUUUUAAAAUGGAAGAAGUUGAAUCUUUAAACUAUAUUAUUGGUAGUAAUGAAAAACCCACCAACAAUAAUAUCAAUAAAAGUCCAAAAAAAGCGUGUAAUAGUAAAAUAAUAAAUGAAGAUUAUAAUGAUGAUUCAGAUUCAGAAUCUACAUCAGAAGAAAUUGACCUUUCAGAUUCAGAAUAUACAGAUUCAAGUAAUUGUCCAGAUUGUAAAGCAUUAAAUUCAGAAACCUGUUCUUGUAGCAAUACCAGUUGUUCAAAUAAACAUUAUACAUCAAAUUCAUCACAUUCAGAAAAUUGUAAUAAUAAUAAAAUAAUAUCAGCAGCUAUCAGUAAUCAUGAAAAUAUUAGUGCUCUUUCAAAUAGUAAUGGAUCAAUUCCUAAAAGCAUCAGCACUGGUAAUAUAAAUGGGACUUAUUUGACUGUUGGUAGAGGUAAACAUGUAUAUAGAAAUCCAAUUACCUUGGUUGAAGAGUUUACCACAACUUCACUUUCAUUAUAUAAUGAUAAUGAAUGUUCAUUAUCAACAGAGAAUAUUUUUUCAAUUAUUAAAGAUAUGGAGGAUGCAAUUACUCCAAUAGAACAUAUGUUAAAUCAAUCCCUAAGUGCCCAACCCUCACCUUCUGUUAAUCCAAGUGUUUUGAUUGUUGCACCACCAUCACAACCAAUUUCAUCUGAUGACACAGAAUUAAAAUCAAGUAAAGAAAUUGAACAGCAACAACAACAACAACAACAGCAACAAAAUAUACAGCUUCCACCACCAAGAAAACUCUCUAUAUCAGCUUCAUCAAUACCCAUACCAAUAGUUUCAACAGAAGAGUCGGUAUCACCGAUUGCGUUGUCAUGUUCAGCACCAUCAUUCCCUGGAAUUUUAACUACACCAAAAUAUAGCGAAAACGAUAUUGUAAUAAGUUUGGAUGACACAGCAUCAGUUUCAUCAGUUGUACCAACAACCAUUAAUAUAAACCAAUUAAGCCAAUCACAACAGCAACAGCAACAACAACAACAACAACAACCCUCCUCAUCAACAGCAACUAAGAUUUCAACCAAAACCAAACAACUUUUUCACACUUUAAAAAAGAAACAUAAACAUUAUUACAAAAAAUCAAGUAAUGAUGAUGAACAACCAAUUUCAGCCUCACCAGUUAAAAAAGAAAGAAGAAAUAAAAAAUCUAUUAAAAAAUCAAAAUCAACCGAAAUAAUAGAUUCUGAUAAAAUUGUAGAAAAUAAAGAAAAUGUAAAUAAUCAAAACGAAAACUCAAACUAUAAUAAUAAUAAUAAUAAUAAUAAUAAUAAUAAUAAUAAUAAUAAUAAUAAUAAUAAUAACAAUAAUAAUAAUAAUAAUAAUAAUGAAAAUAACAAUAAUGAUAAUAAUGGUAAUAAUCAAGAUAACAAUAUAAAUGAAAAUAAUAUAAAUGGUAAUGGUUCAAAUGAUAAUAAUGAUAAUAACAAUAAUAAUAAUAACAAUAAUAAUAACAAUAAUAAUUUAAGAAAUAGUAAAGAUGAAGAAGAAAAUAUUAAAAAAGAAGAUAAAGAAAAUGAAGAAAAAACAUCGACAAUUGAAAUUAAACAAGAAAAAUCAUCAACACCAUCAUCAUCAGCAUCACCAUCAGUUAUUGUACCAAAUUUAAAUUUAGAAAAUGUAUCACCUACUAAAAACAAUAGUAGUAAUAGUCAAAAUAAUAAUAAUCAAAACAAACCUGCAAUUGGUACUUAUUCAGUAUCACAAGUUUUUACAAAAGAAGAAUCUCCAGUUUUUGUUUCAUCUUCUUUACCAGCUUUUCCAAUUUCAGAAUUAAUUGGUGAACCAUUAGAUUUAUCAAAUGAAGAAGAGAUGCCAAGAGGUGGUAGAGGCAGAAGUAAUGCAUUUUAUUUAAAAGGUCCACCUGUAUUAGAAAAUGGUGAAUUUAAAAUUGUUACACCCAAAACUCCAUCUGUACAAAUUCAUAUCCCAGGAGCUUUACCAAAAGAGUCAAGUUCAUUAAUAUCAAAGCCAAUUGGUUUAUUAUCAAAGUUAAGAAGACAUCGUCAUCAUCACCACCAUCGUAAAUCUAAAGAGCCCCAAGAAAAAGAUAAAGAUUCAAGUGCCACAAUAGAUACAACUUCAGCUGGCAAAGAGUCCUCAACAGCAAAUAACAAAGACUCUAUUUCAACCACUUCGUCAUCCUCCUCCUCAUCAUCAUCAUCGAAUAGUAAAGAAUCAAAGAAAAGCUCAUCAACCAAUAAUUUAUUAAGUAGAGUUGUCAAAGGUAAUUCAUCAAGAUUUAUAGUUGGAUUUGCUGAAACCAUUGGUAGAAGAGCAAAUAUGGAGGAUGAAUCAGUAAUUUAUGGUACAUAUAGAGGUAAACAUGAUGAAGAUUACUUUGCAUUGUUUGACGGUCAUGGUGGUGCUGAUGCAGCUAAAAUUGCAUCAACCGAACUUCAUCGUGUAUUAGCAGAGAAAUUAAAACAAAAUAUAUCGAAUCCAGUAAAAUGUUUAAAAGAAUCAUUCGCAUCAACACAUGCAAUUAUUAACGAUCGUGGAGUUAAAGGUGGUACAACAGCAGUCGUCGCUUUAUUUAUUGGAAAAAAGGGCUACAUAGCCAAUGUUGGUGAUACACGUGCUGUACUUUGCAGAGAUGGUAUUGCAGUUAGAGUGUCACUAGAUCAUAAACCAAAUCUCCCAAAAGAAGAGGAACGUAUUCGUAAUUUGGGUGGCAAUGUUGUUACAACCACAAAUAGUGCCGGUGUAUCAACAUCCCGUGUCAAUGGUCAAUUAGCGGUAUCAAGAGCCCUUGGUGAUUCUUUCCUCAAUCCUUAUGUCAGUUUUGAACCUGAAAUUCAUGGUCCUGUUAAUCUCGAAACUCAUAUUAAAAAUCAAUUUAUGAUUAUUGCUUGUGAUGGUAUUUGGGAUGUUAUUUCCGAUGAAGAAGCUGUUAGUAUAGCGGCCCCAAUAUCAGAUCCAGAAAAAGCAGCUAUAAAAUUAAGAGAUCAAGCUUUUAAUCGUGGUAGUACUGAUAAUAUUUCAGUAUUGGUUAUUAGAUUUCCACCAUUUUCGGAAUAAAUAUUAACAUAUAUACAUACAUAAAAUAAAAAAUAAAAAAAAUAAAAUAUAUUUUUAAAAACU